ACGCCGGGUGAGAACAGGCGUCGAUGAGAACAGGGGUGAGGUAGCUGUAUCGAUAUCGAUUGUGUUGAGCUAUGGCGAAGAAGUGCGAGCGCCACGUGGCGCUUCUUGUGUGUUUUCUGGGGCUCACGGUCGUUGUGGGGGGAGCCUUGCAAGGCCUCUCGGUUGUCGAAAACGAAGCAGGACCUUUGAGGUAUGCAUAUGGAGGAAGGUGGGUGCAAGGCGAUGAUGGCUUCUCCUCGUGGACGAGCUUCGAGGAGGAGGUGGUUUCGGUAGUAUCGCUUGACGACGAUGACCUCUCAUCCUCCUCGUUCUCCUCCUCAUCGAUGUCGGACUCGGCGUCGCUUACAGAUGAUCAAGAAGGUGACGCCAGUGGCGUCGAUGGCGGAGCAGCCUCCCUCCCACGGGUGGUUCUCCACAAAAGACCCGUGAACUUGGCCGGCGUUCGAGACGCCGUCCGCUUGCGGGCGAGGCUUAUCUUCCACGACGAUGGGAGAGCAACGAUGAAGAAGACGACCACCACGGAGAAGGAUAACGAAGACGAGGAAGGGGAAGGCGAAGAAGGGAAGCGAUGGCGGCGGCCGGAGAGCGGAGACGGCGGUCUCUUCGAUCGGCUGAGGGCGGCAGCGAAGGAUGGCAAUGGCGAGGGCGUCGCCGCCGUUGGCGAUGGGGAAGAACCCGAUUACGUGGCUCUGAAUAACUACCUCGACGCGCAGUACUUCGGCGAGAUCGGGAUCGGGACGCCGCCGCAGAGUUUCCGAGUGAUUAUGGACACAGGUAGCUCCAAUCUGUGGGUGCCUUCGAAGAAGUGCCAUUUCACGCUGUCUUGCCUUCUUCACAGGCGGUACGACUCGGGCAGAUCAAGCACGUACGAGGCGGACGGCAAGUCCAUCAGCAUCCACUACGGUACGGGAGCGAUGGUGGGCUUCUCGAGCAAGGAUGACGUCCGGAUUGGGACGAUAACCGUAAAGAAGCAGGUGUUUGCGGAGGCGACUAGGGAACCGGGGGUGACAUUUCUUCUUGCCAAAUUCGACGGUAUCUUGGGGCUAGGGUUCCAGGAAAUAGCCGCGGGCCACGUGACCCCGUUGUGGUACAACAUCGUGGACCAGCGGCUUGUGCCGGAACCUGUGUUCUCCUUCUGGCUUAAUCGGGACACCUCUGGGAAGGUGGGUGGAGAGAUGGUGUUGGGAGGCGUAGACCAGAAGCACUUCACGGGUGAGCACACGUGGGCGAAUGUCACCGUGAAAGGGUAUUGGCAAUUCAAGCUGGACGACGUGUUUGUCGGCGCCGGGCAGGCUGGGAGUGCCCUGGCGGGCUUCUGUGGACUUGGGGGCUGUUCGGCGAUCGCUGACACUGGGACUUCUCUUCUCGCCGGUCCUACCGCGGUCAUUGCCGAGAUCAACGCUGCGAUCGGCGCCUCGGGCGUCAUUAGUGAGCAGUGCAAGACGUUGGUUCAUCAGUACGCGCCCCUGAUCAUCGACGUGUUAGAAGCGGAGGCUGAUCCGAAGGAGGUGUGCCAUAACCUCGGGCUGUGCGGGAGCCGUGGCGGCGGUGUUGGCGGCGGCGGCGGCGGCACGGUGGCGCGUGAACACGACAGGAUGGUAAUUCAGCAAGUCAUAGAUCGGAUGGGAAAGUCUGUGACUGAUCUUCAAGACGAUGACGAGGGAAUGUGCAAGUUCUGUCAGAUAUUCGUGUUCUGGAUAGAGACGCAAGUGAAGCAGAACAAUUCCAAGGCACAGAUUCUCCAAGCUCUCGACAAGUUGUGCGCGCACCUGCCCAGUCCGCAUGGGGAAUCGGUGAUCGAUUGUAAACAGAUCGACAGUCUGCCACCUGUCACAUUCAGGAUCUCCGGUAAAGAUUUCCAGCUCCUCCCUCAGCAGUAUGUUCUUCGGAUAAAGCAGGGAUCAGCGGAACAAUGUGUCAGUGGAUUUACCGGGUUUGAUAUCCCGCCUCCACGUGGACCCAUCUGGAUCCUCGGAGAUAUCUUCCUGGGUGUCUAUCACAGCGUCUACGACUUUGGCAACUCUCGCGUGGGGUUCGCUCCCGCGGCCCCGGUGCCUGAGUAGAACGACGGGCACAAGAACAAGGGGGAGGAUUCGUCUACGGCUCCUCUCUCUCUCUCUCUGUGUGGCUCUCUCUCUCUCUCUCUCUCUCUCUCUCUCUCUCUCUCUCUCUCUCUCUGUGGCUCGCUCUCUUUCUCUCCUCCACCGCUUCUCUGUGACAGUCGCGGGAAAAAAAAGCAUAAAUGAAGGAAAGGGAACAUCUCUCUUUCUCUCGGUGUCCUUGAAUCUCUCGAUUUCUUCCUCUCCCUCUGUCUCUGUGUCACGUACAAGGAAAAGCAAUUAGUCAAGAAGCAACGCGAUGGCUGUGUUUGCUAGUCUGUCCCAUUCGUCUUUCGCUGACCUCUCUCUGUCUCUCGUGCAUGGAUUUGUAGCAUAUUCCGUUGCUGUCGAUAGUGGUGAUGGUGGGUCAGGGGAUGCAUGGGAGCUUCAGACUCCGCGGCAGCAGCUGUAGUCUUUUUCUCUCCUUUUUGGUCUACAGUGUAAAUGUGGUAAGUGAUCUGAUCGCUGUCUAUGUAGUCUAUAUACAUCUCCUCUUCUCUCCUUCUCUUGGUGUCCUCUGUAAAUGUGGCAAAAAAGUGAUGGGAAAACACUCGUAUGGUCGAUAGCAAGUUCGUAUCUUGCUCCUGACUUAAGUAGAAGCCAUUCAUCGCAUCCGUAUCCUGUGUUUGGUCUCCUUUUUUUCCACUUGCCCCCAAUCCUACUGGUAGUUAGCAGGGUGAACGAAAGGAGGGGGGGGGGAGGGGGGGGGAAGGGGCCGGGAACGGGACCAGGGGCAGAAAGUGGUAUGACUUGGUUGUGGAGAAUGUAUGGAAAUUUUGGCGGGGAAAGGCGGCCACAAGCUGCAGCGGCGAGCGUUGGUCUGUGAUAUCACUAUCAAGUGAUGGAUGGAAUCUCUCGUGUAGUAAGUCAGGCAUGCAGCAAUAAGAGCGCGAAAAACCACUAUAGGACUGACUCUCAGCAGUCGUGCUCUAAUUCUAACAGAUCGUGGGUACACGUCAUGGCCAAUACGAAGUGUGAAAUUGCAGCUGAUGGGUAUAGGAUCUUCUUUGUCAUCUUCUGUAGUAGCCGCCGUGCUAUUCUUACCGACUGCAUUCCGCCGUCCGUGUCUAACUGUCCAUUGUUGUUGUGUACGUCUCGCUGUGGAUGCUUCCCGAUAAAAUGAGGGUCAGCCUUCUGGAAGAAACACAAAACGAGGAACGAGCCGCUAACGAAGAAACAAAGAAGAAUGAGCGACUACUAUGUAAGAGAAGCUCUUUUUUUCCUCUUUAGCAGUCUUUCCCUGAGCGUAAGGCGCGAAGGUCGUUAUGUGUCGAUAUUCGACGGCGAGACGUUUUGCGUAGAGAUCAUGGGUUUUCCCGCUGCUGCUUUCUGUAACGUCCGCCGUAUAUUACAGCGAACUGACCUUCCUUGCAGACAGAUUGUGUGUUCUUCCAGCGCGCUACGAUCGAUCGCGUGUCUGACAGGGAACCCGCCCGACUCUUCCGGUCAGAUAUAAGGUAUGCUAACGGCGAGCCUUUCUUCUUCUCCUCUACAGAGGUCGUUGUGUGUCUGCUGUGCGUGCUCGGUUUUUAUGGUUGUCUUAAGUGGUGCCGUCGCGGCUGGCAGCAUCCAUUCGGAAGACGAACGGAGAAGCGUCGAGCAACGACAACUGGCCGAGGAGAGGGGUGCAAGGAAGGGUAGCAAAGACGAAUGGCGUAGAGGGGUGCAAGGAAGGGUAGCAAAGACAAAUGCUGUAGAGGGGUGCGAGGAAGGCUACCAAAGACAAAUGGCUGAGGACAGGAGUGCAAGAAAGGGAGGGUAGCAACGACAAAUGGCUGAGGACGGGAGGGCAAGUAAGGGUGUUGAUCGGUGCGCCAUGGAUUGAUUGGGCAGGGAUAGUGCUUAGGUGUGGAUGGAGUGGAUAUGUGGGAUUGAUGCGCUGUGGAUGCGGAUCAGCGGAGCGUGUAAACUUGGGAUGAAUGGUUUUGCCUCCUCUUUUUCCGUUGACGGAGGAGUUUGUCAUGCUCGCUCCGGCUGCCGCUGCUCCCUACCAGAAAGGUUCUGGUUGUAAAGUAGUGUGUACCCGUGAGACAGGUCUCUGAAUUUGCGUUCUUUCUGAGGCUCUUUUGCCCCGUGGGCCUUUUUACAAUUUGUUUUGGGCCGUGGACUCUUGCAUUUUCGUUUUUUACCGCGCUUGCGUCAUGUUUCGAGUAUACGGAAAAUUUUGGCGGGAAAAGUAUCCCUUGCCUUCAGUCG